GUCGUUUCCCCCUUCCACAAUUACUCGGCAGACCAGUGGCGGUCAUCGCCCGUAUUUGAGAGGCAGCGUCCGACAAAGCACUUCACUCGCUGGCGGCAUCCGCCAGCAAACACAGCACCAGCACCGACAGGCCGAUGCCGUUGCUGCGAAGGAUGGAGAUGGGGCUAGUAGAGGUGGCAGUGAUGUUGGUGGAAUGGCCGUGGAGAGGGUAGCUAAUCGGGAGCUGGGAGUCCUCACGCCAGCCAAGAUGGUGCUACAUCCAUCGGCUUCGGUAAGGAAAACGGUGGAUAGAUGGAACGGAUGUGGCACCGAACAGGUGUUUGUGUUCUCCAUGCGUGGUCCAGGGUAGCUCUAUCGGCACGUCUGACUGCACCUGUGGCUCCUCCCAGGAGCUGCACGACAUCAGACAGCGCAUCCGGGACAAGGGAGAUGCACUGCAGCACCGACUGCAGCAAGUACAAAACGACACUGAGGUGACAUCUACCCACAAAACGCACCACCUCAACGCCACCACACACACCUAUCCUUUGCCCUCCUUUCGCUGUAGCGUGCCAACGCCCGUCUGCAUGAGAUCGACAUUCGGAGUUCCCGUCUGGCCCACGACAAGCUGCAGCUGCAGCGGCAGGGCCAGGAGCUGGACCGGCGUGUCAAGAAGACCGAGGAGCUCAUCCGCGCCAGUGGUGAGGAGGAGCGCCGCAUCGCGUCGCAGGAGAGGGCCCUGCAGGACCGCCGGCGGGACGUGGGGGUGCUGGAGCAGGAGUGGCAAAAGAAGCGGGACGACCUGAGGGAGCGGGAGACCGUCAACCUGCAGACCAGGGGCGCACUUGAGGACAGACGCAAACACACACAGGAACAGGUAGAGGCGUAAAUGCCAAACAAGGAGGGCGCCUUCGCACUCAUUGCACAUGGAUUCUUCUGCAGUUGCGGUCUUUGUCUGAGUCUGAGCGGUGUUCGUUGGCGGAUCAGACGGCCCUCAAGGAGCAGCGGGAUGGCCUCCGGGACCGACUCGCCAAAGCGAGGAAGGCAUACCAGCAGCUCAAGCAGAAAGCAGAGACCCAGACACAACGCGAGAAGGUCCGAUGCCCAAGAAACGUGUUCCAUGGGCGGCUCACUCCGCCGUCAAUGGACCUUGAUGUGUGUGCAGGAGCUGGACGAGGAGUGUCGCGCAUUGCGGACGGUCGAGGAAAGCCAGAGGUAAAGGGCCCACCAACUAGGUCUCUAGGCUAUGCCCCGCCCCAUCUCCCUUUCUCGCAGGGCCAAGCUGAUGACGGCUCGCGAGCGGCUCGCCGAUGCCGGUAACCGCUCUCACUGAUGGCCUCCUUGUCCUUGGAACAUAUAAUCCUUGAUCCUUGUUAUGUCAUGCAGAGCGUCAGCUGGACCAGGAGACCGAGAUGGAGGCGCUCAACCAGCGCCACAUGCACCUGUCACACAAACAGGUACAGCAGCCAGCGCAUUGCGGCAACAUCACACAGACCCCACAGACACAGCACCAUUCACCCACUGACCCGCCUCUCGCAGGCCGAGCUCGAUGACGCCAGACGCCUCCGGCAGGACCGAACACAGGUGACAACACAGGCAGAUAGAUAGAUGCACAUGCGCAGAUGACCUUCCUCUCUUGAAUGCGUAUGUGUGUGUGCGGAUGUCUUUCAGAGGCAUGGGUACUGGAAAAUGACCCUGGAGGGCCGCAUGAAGGCCCUCGACGAGUGUGAGCAGCGGGUGCGGCACCUGCAGACCGCCGCAGAAGAGACACAGGAGCGGGAAGAGGAAUACACACGCAGGUGAAAUGAAAGUAGGACAGGACAGAGACCAACCAGCCACCCCUGCAUAUGUAUGGGGGGGCCUGUGUGCCGUGCCUGUCUUGUGAUGGUGGUAAUUUGUCAGGUUGUCGGCGCUGCAGCGGCGUGAGGCAUUGUUGCAGAAGGAGCAGGCACAGCACGACCUACGGAUGCAGGAAAUGCGCAGAAUGAUACACGUCAGCACAACACGGACAGAGACACUAACAUGGAAUAGUAGCGUCAUGAUACGUCUCUGUCUGUCUGUCUGUGUGUGUGUGUGUGUGUGUGUAGGCGAAGGAGACGGCCCUCCGCAAGCUCAAGACGAGGACACAAGCCCCCAUUACCAGCAGCACUCCCCCUGCCCCCCAGCCCCUCAAGCCAUCAUACCCACACCGGGCCAAGUCCUCCGAGCGCCUCACCACCAAACAGGCCUCUCUGCGGCUCUCCGCCCGGCCGCAUUUCCGCCCCCAGCCCCUCCCUCUGCCCAUCCCCCUCCCCUCCCUCGCACACACGUCAUCGCCAGGCAUCAGAAGCCCACCAUCACCACCCUCCAGUGGUGGUCAGGAGCAGGCCAGCGAUCCCUCGACGGCCAGAUACCCAUACAGCAUGAUACCCAAGGGUGCGCCGAAGGGGCUGCCACCGGUGGGGCGGGAGGGCCCGGCUGACGAUCCGCAUGGCGGGAGCCCAACGGAGAAGAUGCCGAUCCCGCCGCGUCCCCAUCCGUACGAUAGUAGUAGCGGGGCCAGUGGGGUGGAGGCGUAUGAGGGGGCCAGUGGGGAUGUCGAUGGCGUGUUUGAGCCGCUGCCGUCGCUGUUGAGUCCAGCCAAGUCGAGUAGAGGUGGUGAGGGUGAGGGUGACAGCACGGCGGGUGCGGAGGAGGAGAGGCAUGGGGCUGGCUGAGGGAAGGAGAGAAGGGGAAGGAGUAGUCUAGAGGUUGGAUGA